AAGAAAGCUGUGGCUUAUGCCUCGAGACAAUUGAAGGUUCAUGAGAGGAACUAUCCUACUCAUGAUUUGGAGCUUGCCGCGGUUGUUUUUGCAUUAAAGAUCUGGAGGCAUUAUUUAUAUGGGUGCACGUUCACCGUGUUCAGCGACCAUAAAAGCUUGAAAUAUUUGUUUGAUCAGAAGGAGUUGAACAUGCGCCAGAGACGAUGGAUGGAGACUCUUAAGGAUUUUGAUUUCACACUGCAGUACCACCCUGGGAAGGCCAAUGUAGUGGCUGAUGCGUUGAGCAGAAGAAGUGUAUCGGUGUCUUCACUAAUUAUGGCUAGACAACAAGAGUUGUGGGAAGCUUUUAGAGAUCUGCACUUGAACGAUGACGUCUUAAUUCAGGAGAAGAGGAAUCUAUUAGUGCAAGGGAAGACGACUGAGUUCAAGAUUGGGGCAGAUAAUGUUUUGCGGUGUAAUGGUAGGAUUUGUGUACCAGAAAUUACAGAUAUGCGGAAAACGAUUUUAGAAGAGGCGCAUAAGAGUAAGCUGAGUAUUCAUCCUGGAGCAACAAAGAUGUAUCAGGAUCUGAGGCAGAAUUAUUGGUGGCCAGGAAUGAAGAAACAUGUGGCGGAAUAUGUAUCCACUUGUCUAACUUGUCAGAAAGCGAAGGUGGAACAUCAGCGACCUGCGGGAAUGUUGCAACCUUUAGAUAUACCUGAAUGGAAGUGGGACAUCAUUUCCAUGGAUUUUAUAACCGGAUUACCAAAGACAAGGAGGAAGAAUGAUUCCAUAUGGGUGAUAGUGGAUCGACUAACUAAAUCUGCUCACUUUUUGCCGGUAAGGACCACCUAUAAGGUAGAUCAGCUAACGGAGAUCUACAUUGCUGAAAUUGUGAGGUUACACGGGGUACCAUCGAGCAUUGUAUCAGACAGUGAUCCGAAGUUCACCUCGCAUUUUUGCGGAGCAUUGCACGAAGCGUUGGGAACGAAGCUACGUUUGAGUUUAGCUUACCAUCCACAGACGGACGGACAGACUGAAAGGACGAAUCAGUCCUUGGAAGAUCUGUUGAGAGCAUGUGUAUUAGAUGAUAGGGGAAGCUGGGAUGAUGUACUUCCGUUGAUUGAGUUCACUUACAACAAUAGUUUCCACGCAAGUAUUGGAAUGGCACCAUAUGAAGCUUUAUAUGGGCGCAAGUGUCAAACGCCCUUGUGCUGGUAUAAAGACGGCGAGAAUAUGAUUGUCGGACCAGAGAUGGUGCAACAGACCACAACUAAAGUAAGGAAGAUCAAGGAGAAAAUGAAGACUUCACAAGAUCGUCAGAAGAGUUACGUGGACAAGCGUCGCAGACUUUUGGAAUUCGAACAGGGUGACCAUGUUUUUUUGAGAAUUUCUGCACGAAUUGGGCCGGUUGCUUAUCGGAUUGCAUUACCUCCAAUACUGUCCAAUAUUCAUGACGUGUUUCAUGUGUCAAAGUUGAGGAAAUAUCUCACAGAUCCAUCUCACGUGAUCGAACCAGACGCAAUCCAGUUAAAGGAUAACCUGUCGUUCGAAGUACCACCCGUGAGAAUUGAUGACAGGAAGAUUAAGCGGUUGAGGACCAAAGAUGUUUCGUUGGUCAAGGCAAAGAAGUUAUUGUGUCCAAUGGGCAUGGAGUAUAGGAAGAUACAUGCAUGCCCUAAUGACUGUUUAUUGUAUAGAAAUGAGUUUGAAGAGUUGACUAAGUGUCCUAGGUGUGGACUAUCACGCUACAAAAUGAAGGAUGGUGAUUCCAUUUAUGAAGAAAGCUCAAAGAGACCUCAUGCGAAGGUGUUAUGGUAUCUUCCAAUAGUUCGAAGGUUCAAAUGUUUGUUUGCUAAUACAAAUGAUGCAAAGAAUGUAAGAUGGCAUGCCGAUGAGAGGAAACGUGAUGGACAACUUCGUCACCCAGCUGAUUCUUUGCAAUGGAAGAAGAUUGAUGAUUUGUACCCGGAGUUCGGAAGUGAGCCAAGGAACCUUAGGCUUGGACUUGCUACAAAUGGAAUGAAUCCAUAUGCAAACUUAAGUAGUAACCAUAGUUCAUGGCCUGUUCUACUAGUUAUCUACAACCUACCUCCUUGGAUUUGCAUGAAGCGUAAAUACAUCAUGUUAUCUAUGAUGAUUUCAGGUCCAAAACAAUCUGGAAAUGACAUAGAUGUUUAUCUAAGUCCAUUGAUUGAAGAUUUGAGAAUGCUUUGGGAAGGUGUUGAUGUGUUUGAUGGGUAUUCUCGUGAAUAUUUUAAUAUGCGUGCAAUGCUAUUUUGCACCAUCAAUGACUUUCCUGCAUAUGGAAACUUGUGUGGCUAUAGUGUUAAGGGAGACAAAGCAUGUCCUAUAUGUGAAGAAGGAACAUGCUACCAACAAUUGAAACAUGGAAGAAAAAUUAUUUAUGUUGGGCAUCGAAAAUUUCUCAAGUCUAAUCAUCCAUAUCGUAAGUUGAGAAAAGCGUUUAAUGGACACCAAGAGCAUGAAAUUGCUCAAAAAGCCUUAACUAGGGAGCAAGUUUAUCAACGGGUUAAGGAUAUAAAUGUUAUCUUUGGAAAUAAACAAAAACAGACAUCUGAGAAAAAUAUAUGGAAUAAGAAGUCUGUGUUCUUUGAUCUUCAUUAUUGGCCUAGUCUAGAUGUAAGAUAUUGUCUUGAUGUGAUGCAUGUAGAGAAAAAUGUGUGUGAUAGUGUAAUUGGAACACUUCUCAACAUUCAGGGGAAAACAAAGGAUGGCUUAAAUUCUCAUCUAGAUAUGGUUGAUAUGGAUAGCUCCACAAUCAACAGGUGGAUGUAUCCAUUCGAGCGUUACAUGAAGAUUUUAAAAGGAUAUGUGAAGAAUCCACACCGUCCAAAAGCAUCUAUUGUUGAAAGGUACAUAGCAGAAGAGGCUAUUGAGUUUUGUUCUGACUAUAUGUCAAAAGCAGAAGCCAUAGGAAUUCCUAGAUCUCGUCAUGAGGGAACAUGUGUGGGUAAUGGUAUACGAGGCUUAAAAUUUAAGAGCAUGGGACGAGAGGAAGUAAUUCAAGCACAUUUGUCUAUAUUGAAUAACACUAAUGAGGUUCAACCUUACCUUUCUACUCAUAAAAGCAUUGUGAAGGAAAAUUAUCCUAGAAUGAAUGAAAAAUGGUUGUUGAAUGAGCAUAACAAGACUUUCUUAAAGUGGUUUAAAGAAACCAUUUUAACCAACAAAACAACUUCUGAUACACUAAAAUGGCUAGCAAAUGGGUCUCACUUUGAUGUCAUAACUUAG